AUGGCGGGUGAGGGCGAGAUUGACCUGGUGAACACGUUCGCAUCACUCCCCAGGACUGUGAGAGGUCUUCCGUUGGUGUUGAGUUCGAAACACGACAAUUCCACGUUCUUAUAUUGCAACGGAAACAGCGUUUACAUCAGGGAUAUUGAAGUAGGUGGAAAUUGAAGAAAAUUAAUAUGUUUUCUUCAAAAAUUUGAUGUGAUUUUUGUUCUAAAUUAUAUAAAAGAGCUUUUGAAAGGUUUUUUCGUCCAUAGCUCUACAAAUUUUGGGAAAAAUGACCUUACUUUAGUCAUCAGUCCACUAAAAUUUUAUUUCUAGGAUAUCACCAAGACCGAUAUCUAUACAGAGCACUCCGUACUCACAACUGUUGCCAAAUACUCUCCUACUGGAUUUUACAUCGCUUCCGGGGAUCAGUCGGGCAAGAUCCGGAUCUGGGACACCACUCAGAAGGAGCAUAUUCUCAAGGCCGAAUACCCAGUCAUUGGUGGUCCAAUCCGAGACAUUGCAUGGGAUUCGGAGAGCAAAAGACUUGCGGCUGUUGGAGAGGCCAGAGAAAGGUCAGUAAAAUGUUUGUUUUGGGUGGAAAAAUUAAAAUUUCACUUGAUGACCUAGUGUAAUAUAAAAUUUUCGCCAAAUCUUAAGUCUCUUACGAAUUUUUUUUGCGAGAGUUGUAAUAUGACUAACUGAUGACAUUUUGCAGAUUUGGCCACGUUUUCCUUUUCGAUACCGGCACCAGUAACGGAUCUUUGUCCGGCCAAAGUCGACCGGUCAGCUCGGUCGAUUUCAAGCCAAACCGACCUUUCCGAGUGGUCAGUGGCAGUGAGGACAACACUGUGGCCAUUUUUGAGGGUCCUCCGUUCAAGUUCAAGACUGUAAGUCAUCAUUUUUUAGGAUUUUUAAAAAUUUUUUCAUUUUUAGGUCAAAAAUUUGAUAAGAUCAAAAAAUUUUUUGAUUUUUUGACUUGAAAAUUAUUCAUAGUUAUGUUUCAGACCUUCCACGAGCACACUCGCUUCGUCCACUGUGUCAGAUACAACAAAGACGGGACUUUGUUCGCCUCCGCCGGCGCUGACGGCAAGGUUAUCCUCUUCGAAGGGGUUGAUGGCGCAAAAUCCGGCGAAUUGCUCGACUCGUCCGUGAAAGGAGACGCCGCCCACGCUGGUGGAGUCUUCGGUUUGGCAUGGUCUCCCUGCGGCAAGAAGCUGGCCACCGCCUCCGGCGAUAAAACCGUCAAAAUCUGGGAUGUGGAGGGAAAAUCGCUGGAAAAGUAGGAAUUUAAAGUUUUUUUUUGAUUUUCGGAUUUUAGAACCGUCUCCUUUGGCGAUAAUGUGAAUAACCAACAGCUGGGUCUGAUUUGGACUGCGAAAUGGAUCAUUUCCGUGUCCCUAGCCGGCUUUGUUUCGUAUAUUGAGCCGGAAAGUGGAAGUGUUGCCAAGACUAUUAAGGGCCAUAAUCGACCCAUCACUUCCGCAGCUGUCUCGGCCGACAAGAAGUUCGUUUUCACCGCGGAUUUCGAAGGAAACAUCAGUAAGUUGCUUUUGAGUUUGGAUUUUUGAAAUUUUAGGUAACAAGUUGUACUGAGGGCCCUGAUCCAGUGGCAAAAAACGUAUCAUUUUGCAUCAGGGAAGUAUCAAAAAAUGUGGCAAAAUACCUCUCUCUGCAUGUGAAAAAACUCCGUUUUGAAGGCGCGCUAUUGAAAUCGGAGUUUUUUUACUUGGAGAGGGAGGUAUUUUGCCACAUUUUUGAAACUUCCCGGAUGCAAAAUGGUCCGUUUUUUGCCACUGGAUCAGGUCCGCUGUAUAUUACUUUAGGCAAAGAAAUAAUUUUUUUUUGCGGAUUUGUAUAAUUUUUUUGCCUGGAGAGGAUGGAAUAUGACGUAAAAAAUCAUUUUCAGCCCGAUGGGAGACCGCUACCGGAGUUUCCGAACGCAUCGAGCCAUCUCCCCACAAGACCCAGAUCUCCGGACUUGGCCUCACCCCCGACGGCACGUUGAUCACAGCGGCGUGGGAUGACUCUGUGGCCUUUACCAGCGGAGUUUUCGGCGAUAUUUGUAGGUUUAAGCCAAGAAAAAUUGGAAAAAUAUAUUGUAGUAGACUAAAGUAAUAUUUUUAGCUGCUGUGAAGUCAGAAUCCGUCAAAUUGUCUAGUCAACCUCGUGGAUUGGCCGUCUCAGCCGAUGGAAAGGUCAGCGUUGUCGCGGCGUACAAGCACAUCUUCGUGUUCCACGGCAAAGACCUCAAAUUCACAUUGGACUUUGGCUUUGACGGGGUUUGCGUGGCUAUUUCGAAGGACAAUAAAUUGGUGGCUGUUGGGUCUGCGGUGAGUUUAAAGGAAUAUUAUUGAGUUUGAAAUGGGUUUAGGCAAAAAAGAAGCUAUAAAUUUCGAGUUUUGAGGAUUUUUUAUAUUAUCCAUGAGGAGUUUGAUAAAAAUUUUACGAAAUUGAUAGUUUUUUGUUGCAGGACAGCAAAGUUAGAAUCUACGAAGCCGAUUCAGCAGGAAAGCUCACUGAAAAAAAGGUCCUCAACCACGCUGGAAUCGUAACUUCAGUCGAAUUUUCGGCUGAUGGACAACAUCUUGUCGCUACUGAUGCCGCCCGCAAAGUUGUGCCCUACAAAAUCGCGGAUGACUUCAAACAGGCAUCGGAGAAAGACUGGACCUUCCACACAGCCAGAGUCAACAAUGCCAGCUUCUCGCCGAAUGGGCGAUACAUCGCGUCGGGCGGUCUGGACACCCAUCUGAUGGUUUGGGACCUCCAAAAGUCCGGCGAACACCCCCGAGUAUUCAGAAAUUCGCAUGCAAUGAGCCCCAUUAACAUUGUCAGAUGGCUGGACGACAACACUUUGAUCACUAUCGGGCAAGACUCGAACAUCAAACAAUGGAAAGUCAAGAACUUGUAG